AUGCCGACCAAUGCCGGUGGAGGGGGCCACAGCCUGCACCUGCUACAUGAGCAGCAGAUUCUACUUCUGUUUCUAGGAGACAUGUCCUGCCUGAGGAUGACAGUGAAUGAGAGGAAAAGGGAACAGCAAAGUACCUGCUCUCGCCCCGCCGAGGCCGCCGUCAGCGCGGCACGGGGAGGAGGCCGGGAGGAGGAGCGCAGGCCGGGCUGGGCGGGCCGGGCCGGGCCGGGCCGGGCUGGGCGGGCGGGGGUGUCUGGGGCGCGCGGCCGGGCGGGAGCGGGGCCGGGCCGGGCCGGGAGCAGGCUGCGGCUGGCGCGGGAGCCUCCGCGGGGACUCGCCCUGCCGCGCUGGCUCCUCGCUGGCUCGCUCGCUCGCUCGCACGCACGGCUCGCACCCGGGCGCCAGCUGCAGCCCCCGGCCGCACGCACUCACCUGCAUUUCCUUAACGAGCCACUUGAUGGCUGCGGGCGCGGCGAGGGCGGCGGCGGGGUGGGAGCGCGGGCCGGGCCGGGCCGGACCGGGCCGGGAGCGGGGACGGCGCCGAGCACCUCCAGCUACCCCGGCGCCCGCCGUCCUCCCACCGCGACCCCGGGCUGGGCGCGGCGCCAGGGCUCCGAGCGAGCCAGCUCCGCGCGGGGCGAGCUGAGCGGAGGAGCGCGCCGGGCGCGGGCUACCCCGGGCCACUUGACCCUCAGAGGACGCGUGCAGGUGUGGACCCCGGGCGCGCCUGUCCGGGCGUCCCUGAGCCUGCCAUUGGUGAUUUUCUAUGCAGGCAGGCUCUGGGUCAGGGCUAAGAGGCGUGGAGGGUUUAAAAGAUUUGAAAGGAAGAAUCAUUGGAUGAAAGUUGGAAUAGAGAUUUCUAAGAGGAGCAUAGCAGAAGGUACUCCAUCUCCAAGAGCUUCAUUGACAUGUCUACAGCUUUAAUUCAUCUCUAAGCCACAGAAGACUUUAAUGAAGGCCUCGUAAAUAAUCAGUAAACAUACACAUAGUACUACGAGUAUGCUGAAAGCAUUUAAUGUUCCCCAAAUAUUACAGUUUUGGGGGAAACUUUGAAAAUAUAAUUUGGAAUCAAAUUAUACAUCAAAUAAGGUUUAUGUUGUGGUUCAUAAAAUUUCUGCAAAUAUGCUUUUAAUCUUUUUUUCUUAAUGUACAUCAGCAUUACAGGAUAUUUUAUAUUCAUACAGACAGAUCAAAAGAUACACAAUGGACAGUGUUUACAGGUGAAUGGGUGAAGUGCUGGAGCAAACAUCUUUCCACAUAGAAGUAAAAAUACAAACAUACUAAAGAUAUCAAAAACUCAAAAUCUUGUAAAAUAGAUAGAAAUUUAGCUAGCUAGAUAAAUGUCUUUCUUUCUAUGCCUAGAAAAAAACUUUAUUAAAGACCCAUAAAAUAGAAGUAACAAAAGAGGAUGACAAAGCAAAAUUUCUUACAAAGCACAUAAAAGUCAUAAUGAUAGAAAAUAUAGUAACUUCACAUAAAAUUUUAGCUAACAGGAUAAAUGCUGUCAUGUAAAAGUAAGCAAGUAACAUACAGAAAUAUAAAGACAAAACAGUCAAAGGAGAGGAACCAGAAUAAUCGUAUGAAUCAUCCAUCCCAAGAAACAGUGUAAUAAAUUUCACAAAUAAUCCAACAUUAUUUCAUGUUCAUCAGAUACAAAAACUGAAGAAGUUCUGCCAUAGAACUUGAAAAAGCAAUAAAAUAGGAAAGGAACACUCCAUAUAAUUUUAAGAGAAGCCUAAAUUAGUUCAACUUCCUUAAACAACAGUAAAUAUAAUCCAAUAAAUGUAUGUACAUAUAACCAUGUAACCAAAAUUUUGCAAUCAUAAGUAAAUUCUUACACAGCCUAGACAGGUAUGCAUAAUAAUACUCUCUGAAUCUUAAUUAUAGUAUGUGGAUAUUGGAAGGAAAAAAUACAAGAUCCUGAAAAUCUAUUAUAGUAUAUUCAUAGACUACACAUGAAAUACUGUUUAUAUCACAUAUGUUUACGUACACCUUACAGAAUUAAAAAAUGAGAUACUGUAUAAAGGAGCUACAAAUGAUUGCAUGUGUGUAAAUUACAAAGUUUUUUUCAUGAAUAUAAAUGUAUAUAUGGGUGGCAAAUUAUAUAAGGUACAGAAAUAAUAUCUAAAAAUAUGAAGGAAUAGAGAGGUGAAUUUAAGGAUUUCUACUCUAAUUUCUGUUAAACAUACUUUGAAAAAAUAUAUGUUAUAUUCAUAAGUAUAUUUUAAUUGAAUAAUAAUGGACGUUAAUAAUAAUAAUGGACGUUACAUUAAUCUUUGCAAUUUUCUGGUAUUUCGAAGAUUGUUAUUUUCCAAAUAUAUAUGAUUUGGGCUUAUCUAAGAAAAUAAGAUUUAGUAAAGAGAAAGUAUAUUGAUAUUUAUUUAUUUUCAAUUUAUUUUUAGUUUAUUUUCAAACAAUUAACAAAAUAAUGUUAUUAGGUGAAAAUAAAAGCUACUGUAUCAAACUCUUCUGAUAACAAUAAUAGAAAGAAUUAAAGUGAUAUGUAAAUCUGUUUAAAAGUGAAAUCUGGCAAGGACGACACAAUAAAUGUGAUUCCUUUGUGAAUUACUGAAAGUACUAUCUUCAAAGCAAUGAAUUGCAAAUAGCACGUUUUUCUUGUGGAUGUAUAAUAGCAUCCCUUUCUCUGGAUGAUGCAACACCUAGGAAAUGAAUUAUUAAUGAAAUUUUAGCACUCGUUCUUAGUAUUAGCCAGAAACUCUUGGGUGUCAAUAGAAACCAAAAAUUUGAAUUUUAAUGAUAUGGCUGUGGACAUUUGUUAAUGCUAACAGUUAAUAAAAGAAUGCUGUAUUUGGGGGGCUUGAUGCUAUAAGUUGUGUCAUGUGAAAUGUUUGUGUUUGUUCUCUCUUCUUCUGAUAUAUAAUUUUUUUUUUUUAAACUGGGACUCAACUCAGGACCUUGCACUUGUCAUUAUGCCACUGAGCUAUACACCCAGCCAGUUAUAUAAUUUUUGAGUUUAUUUAAGAGUAUAGAUCAGUGUGCCUUUUCUGAGGAGACUCUUCACCAUGGAUCAAAACACAGAAGAGAUUCUGCAAAGAACAAGAUUCUGAAAGUGAAUAAGAGUUCAAAACGAAGCUCUUCUGUUACCCAGUUGUAAAUCUCUGGGUAUAUCCUUGAUUUUUCUGGGGUUUAUUAACUCAUCCUACUCCGCCUGAAUCUCCUUGGUUCUCCAAGACCCUGUAAAGUCUUACAAUCCACUUUAUUGUUACUUGGAGAUUCCUAUCAAUAAAGCACCUCAAUCCUUA